CACGCAGCUGCCUGCUUCCUGCUGGCCCCAGAGAGAUAUAAGCAGCAGCACCUGGGUGAAGUGGGGCAGAGGAGUGGAUGCUGCGUUAGAUGAGGAGACAGCGCUGGUGGCUGAAAUUGGAAGAUGGCAGAGCCUGAAAGCACAGUCAUCAAUACUGAUGUGAAACAGAAAGAUCCCAGCGAGGCACUGGUCAUUGCAGUGACCACCAGAGCCAUCUUCAACUUGGAAGAAGAGCACCAGCUCUACUUAGAAAAAGGAAAGGAGGAAUACGUGAGGCACCAACAGGCCAACCAGGACAACCCCCUUCCCCCAGGCACAGCCUUUGCCUUCAUCCAGGCAGCACAGUAUGUGAAUAAGAAGAUCCUGGAGAGUAACCCAGCAGAGAAGGGCCUCUUUGAUAUCAUAGUGCUCUCCAACAACAGCCCAGAGAGUGGCGUGCGCAUCAUCAACAGUGCCAAGCAUUACGGCCUGGAGAUUUCCAAGUUCUGCUUUGUCAGUGAUGAGGACUCCACGCAGUACCUGAAGUCCCACAGGGUGAAACUGUUCCUCUCAGCUGACAGGACAGAUGUCUGCAAUGCCCUCCGAAGAGGGGUCUCGGCAGCACUCGUCUUCCAGCAGGAGGUACAGGCCCCCAGCACCCCGCUGCGUGUGGCCUUUGAUGGAGAUGCUGUGCUUUUCUCUGAUGAGACAGACCAGGUCUUCCGGGAGCAGGGCCUGGAGGGAGCCAUGCAAUAUGAGCGGGCGAUGGAGGCUGUGCCUAUAGGAGAGGGUCCCAUAAAAGCCUUUGCCAUGCACCUGGGGAAUAUGCGCAAGAAGUUCAGUCAGGAGGAGUCCCCCAUUCGCACCUACCUGGUGACAGCCCGCAGUGGCCGGGACAUGGGCAUCCGAGCCAUCAAGACACUCCGGGAAUGGGGUCUGCCCAUCGAUGAAGCCUUCUUCAUGGAUGGGGCUCCCAAGGGCCCCAUUCUUGCUCAAAUCCAGCCACAUAUUUUCUUCGAUGAUGGCCUUCAUAACAUCCAGGGGGCUCAAGAUGUGGGUGUGCCCUCUGCAUGGGUCCCCUCGUGCUGCUGACAGACUAAGAACCUGCAGCCUUCCUUUUCCCUCUCCAGCAGAUAGGACUGAGCCAGCUGAAGGCAGACCUGGUGGGAGGGAAAGAAUUUCCCAGCCUGCAACAAGAACCCCAGGGGGUAAAAGCAUUGCACAGGAAGACGAGCUACCAGGGAAGACCUGAUGUUCAGUCCUGCUCCUGACACAAGAUCCUCCAGGCCUCAAAAACCAAGGGUUGCAACCACUGCAGGAAGAACAAACACCCUGUUAGGAGACUCACAGCCCCUGGAGCAGCAGCAUAAAGACCACGGACAAGGUUGCAAUACAGGUCCCUCCAGGAGAGGGCACUGGAGACAGCCACCUACACCAGCAACUAGAUAGGGAGCAGAGCUUCAGGCUAUUACUCCACACCUCCAAACAGCAGCAUAAGCCAAAGCCUGUGCUUAAACAGGGACGUGGGUGGUGGACAUAGGAGGAGGGGUCCUAGGUGUGCCUGAUUAGGGUAAAUGGGUUCUGAGUGCCCUACCCUGAUGACCCUGUGUAGGGAUGACUUUUCUUUCUCCGUUUUGACUCUGCUUCUAAUGUUUCCAGACGAAAAGCACCCCCCAAAGCUUCCCCUGCAAUGCAAGCUUCCCCUUUUCUCUCUAGGGCUGGAUGGUAGGGGCUGCCACUAGAGGCUGCUGCACUGCCUUGCUGUCACCUAUGCUACUGGGAAACACGGUGGGUCCUCAAAAACCACCAUCAAAAAACAGCCAUUUACCCCCACUCAGUCUUGAAACUGGAAAUUCUCUCCACUGUGUAACUUUCCAUCCAUUUUUUCAAAAAGGAAAACAAAAGAAUAAUAAACUGAAAUACAGAUUUCAGGGCAGACUACAGAGAAAUUA